CUGAAAUCGACCCAGCCGUCGCUUUUAUUACUGACAAAAUAAUGCGCCUUCGGCAGACGCUUGAAUUUUACGAUUCUGGUUCGAACUCGGAGACGAUUGAUUAGUUGAAAAAUAAAGGAAACAAUUAUGGAUCAUGAAAAACACACCCAAUUACCGAUCAGCCGGAUACGAACGGUAAUGAAAACAUCACCUUCGAUAGGGCAAAUCAAUCCGGACGCUCUGUUUUUAAUGUGUCGUGCGGCGGAAUUAUUCAUUGAACAUGUGGCAAAGAACUCGUACAAAAAAGGCAUGAAAAAUCUAGACUAUAAGCACCUCGCCGCGUACGUUGAAUCGGAAGAGGCACUGGAAUUCCUGGUACAAAUCCUACCGAAAAAAAUCACCGUCAAGGAGUACAAAAAGAUUAUGGAGCAGAAAAAUAAGAAAGGCACUAGCGAAGGUGACGGCGAUAGCGAGGGAGAGAGCGGCGAAGAAUCCGAUGACGAAGACAGCAAUGAUUCCAGUUCGUCCUCGUCCGCUUCGGACGAGGAAGAUAACGCCGAUAAUGGUAGUGUAAUCUCGAUCGACUCGUCCAGCUCGGAUGAAAAGGAAAACUCUAAAAACAUUAGUAACAAAAAAUCACCGCUGAAGCACAAAACUGGAGAUUCUCCUUAGUGUUAAGGAUUAGUUCGUAGUAAUUGUACGGUGUAAUUCUCGUAAAAGCACAAACAUUACUGUUAAUUUACCAAUUA